AUGGAGCCGAUGGACGUCGACCAGUCGAGUCCCCGAGGAGUCAAAAGGAAGGCCGAUGACGCACUUGAGGUAUCAGCGCCACGGAGAAUCCGCGCUCUCGACCCAGACGUUGUAAACAAGAUUGCCGCUGGGGAGAUUAUCGUCGCGCCGGUACACGCGCUUAAAGAACUUAUAGAGAAUGCGGUCGAUGCUGGCUCCACUAACCUUGAAGUGCUGGUCAAGGAAGGAGGUCUAAAGCUGCUACAGAUUACAGACAAUGGACAUGGGAUUGCGAAAGAAGAUUUAUCUAUAUUAUGUGAAAGAUUCACAACAUCAAAGCUUAAAUCAUUUGAGGAUUUGACGUUUAUCGGUACUUAUGGCUUUCGUGGGGAGGCUCUGGCUUCCAUAAGCCAUAUUGCGCACUUACAGGUCACUACCAAGACUAAGGAGUCAAAUUGUGCCUGGAGAGCUUAUUAUGACAGCGGAAAGUUAAUUCCAGCAAAGCCUGGGCAAGCUGCUGAGCCAAAGCCUACAGCAGGUCGUCAAGGGACGCAGAUAACUGUGGAAGACCUCUUCUACAAUGUUCCUACUCGUCGAAGGGCAUUUCGCUCAGCGUCCGAUGAGUACAACAAGAUUCUUGAAUGCGUUGGGAGAUACGCUAUCCAUUGCGAUGGAGUGGCUUUUAGUUGUAAAAAACAUGGGGAAUCCGGUACCACGAUAUCGACCCAGUCAAAUGCCUCAACGAUAGACAAAAUUCGACAGAUCCAUGGAAGUUCUGUGGCAAACGAGCUUGUUGAGUUCACAUCAUCAGACGAGCAGUACGGAUACAGGGCUUCUGGGCUGACCACAAACGCAAACUAUCAUGUCAAGAAGACAUCUUUACUCCUCUUCAUUAACCACCGUUCUGUCGACUCUAGCAAUAUACGCAAAGCAAUCGAGCAGACAUAUUCUACUUUUCUUCCCAAAGGAGGUCAUCCGUUCACGUACCUUAGCCUGGACAUCGACCCUCAACGAGUGGAUGUCAAUGUCCACCCAACCAAGCGAGAGGUCAACUUCCUCAACGAAGAUGAGAUUAUCGAAAAGAUUUGUAGUGAUAUUAGGGUCAAACUUGCAAGUGUCGAUGUUAGCAGGACAUUCAUGACCCAAACACUUCUGCCUGGCGUUCGGAUACCACUGGCAACUGCUAGUUCAGACGUGGAUGACAGCUCUUCCAACACGACCGUUGCAGCUUCUACUCAGAAACCCAAACCAUACGAGAACAAUCUCGUUCGUACCGAUGCCAAAGUCCGAAAGAUCACUAGUAUGCUUCCACCUAGCAUGGCACGAAGCGCUACCGAAGCAUCCAUUCCCAGCGGCUCAGUCGGCGAACCAGAGUACGAAGUAUCAGACCGUGAGCCGGUGACAUGUCGUCUCAUGACCAUCAAAGAGCUUCGAACUGAAGUUCGCGACUCCAUGCACAACGAGCUCACCGAGAUCUUUGCUAGUCACACAUUCGUUGGAAUCGUAGACACUCGUCGUCGCUUAGCCGCAAUCCAAGGCGGCGUGAAGCUCUUCCUCGUCGACUACGGCAUGGCCUGCUCCGAAUACUUCUACCAAGUCGGCCUCACCGACUUUGGCAACUUCGGAAUCAUCCAAUUCGACCCUCCUCUACCCCUCCGUGAUCUCCUCACCAUCGCCGCCACUAAAGAAAAAGAGCUCCACCCCCCUGAGAACGAAGAAGACGAUUUCGACAUCACAGAAGCAGUAGACCUAAUAACCAACCAACUGAUCUCCCGCCGCGACAUGCUCCUCGAAUACUUCUCCCUAACCAUCUCCCCCACCGGCGACCUCUCCACCCUCCCCCUCCUCCUAAAAGGCUACAUGCCGUCCCUCGCUAAACUCCCUCGCUUCCUCCUCCGUGUCGGGCCCCACGUGAACUGGACGUCCGAAAAAGAAUGUUUCGAGACAUUUCUGCGUGAACUUGCUGAUUUCUACACGCCGGAGUCUUUGCCGCCGGAGCCUGGUCCGGAGGAUGUGGAGAAUAUUCCCGAGAGCUUGAAGGAGCGGAGGAGAGAGGUUGUGAAGGUAUUGGAGGAUAUCUUGUUUCCGGCUUUUAGGGCGAGGCUUAUUGCGACGAGUAAAUUGAUGAAAGGAAGUGUUGUUGAGAUUGCUAAUUUGAAGGGAUUGUAUCGGGUAUUUGAGCGGUGUUAG